GGCUUUUUCUUUUCGCCAGGGAUGGAGGGUUGGGUUCGCGGCCUGGUGGAAGCCAUUCAUUCAAGCCCCACUCAGGCCGUCAUCGUCCUCGCCGGCGGCGCUUCCCAGGCACUGGGAUGGCUGAUGUCGGUCCCAGGCGCUUCUAAUACUAUUCUUGAAGUCGUCGUGCCCUACUCUAAGAUCUCCAUGGCCCAAUUUCUCAGCAAGAUUCCUACUCAAUUCACGAGCCAACAAACUGCAGAGGAAAUGGCGUUGGUGGCAUACAAUCGUGCUCUGAAGCUUUCUAGACCAGGUCUACCAGUUUUGGGUGUUGGAUUUACUGGGUCAUUAGCUAGCACACAUCCAAAACGUGGCGACCAUAGGUUCUACCUGUCCACUCGUACAUACGACAGCCUUAGAACCUCAAAUGUUACCCUCUUGAAGGGUUUGCGAACUAGAGAAGAAGAAGACAAGGUUUCGAGCCAUUUUUUACUCAAGGCAAUUGCUGACGCCUGCAAAGUCUCUGCAACCUUCAAAUCAGAAUUACAUGAAUCUGAAAUUCCAUUUCAAAGUGAAGAGCAUUUUGAUGAGGAUCAACAGCUUCAGCAGGUUAUUGAUGGGCAACUAUGCAUGAAAAUAUACGAUUUUUCUAAGGAUUCUGACAUAGCAAAUAAGGACAGGAAAGUUAUAUUAUCUGGUUCAUUCAAUCCCUUGCAUGAUGGUCACCUCAAAUUGCUUGAAAUUGCAACAAGUAUGUGCGAAGAUGGGCAUCCAUGCUUCGAGAUAUCAGCAGUUAAUGCAGAUAAACCCCCACUGGCAGUGGCAGAAAUUAAAAAUCGAGUCGAGCAAUUCAAAAAGGCAGGAAAGACUGUAAUUAUAUCAAACCAACCUUACUUCUACAAGAAAGCAGAAAUUUUUCCUGGAAGCGCCUUUGUGAUCGGUGCUGACACUGCUGCAAGGCUUGUUAAUCCUAAAUACUACUGUGGGGAUUAUAACAAUAUGGUGGGGACACUUCUCGAAUGCAAAAGAACAGGCUGCACAUUCCUCGUAGGUGGCAGAAAGGUUGAUGGAGUUUUCAAGGUUCUUGAAGAUCUUGAAAUUCCUGAAGUAUUGAAGGAUAUGUUCAUCUCAAUACCGGAGGAAAAGUUCCGCAUGGAUAUAUCAUCAACAGAGCUAAGGAAGAGCCUAGGACUCUGAAUAGCAUUUACCGGUUGUAUACGCUUUCGAUAAUUAGUGCCAACUAAUUAUUGCGAUUGUUUCUUCUUGCUGUUUCUAUAAUGGGUUUUUUUGCACACAUACCUUUGCAAAUAUGCAAAAUUAUGCAAAUGCCCCUUCAAAGUCGGUAUUUUCCUUGUGUGCCCUUCGAAACCUCACCUAUUUGUGAAGUAAAUUGCAACACUAGUCUCCGAACAUUCUUGUGGGGUAAAUUGCAACAAUCGUCUCCAAACUUUCAGACAAGUUUUUACUUUGGUCGACUUGCAAGUUCAACGUUAGAGACUCUAAACUCUUAAAAUAGUUUCAUUUUAGCCGUGCAUAUUUGUUAUUAGAGAGCAAUUUAUUGCAUACACCUAGUUCAUGUGUACAUAUAUGCAUCUUUUAUUAAUCGGCCAUUUACCCCAUCUCAUAUUUUACCAUACCAUCCAUUGACUUUCAAAUUUUAAUUUUUUUUCUCUAUUUACUAAUUGGACUGUCGAAUUGAAAGUAUGUGAUAGAUGGAGAACAGACAUAUAGAAUGAAAUAUUGUUGAAGGUUUACGGACAAAAAUGAGACAUUGUCGAAAGUUUAGGUAGGGUCUUAGGAUGUCGAAUUUGAAAGCUGAAGGACCAAAACGAAACUUAUGUUGAAGUCUGGAGACUAGUGCAAUUUACUCUCUAUUUGUGCCAACGCCCCAGCCGACAUCCGAGCAAAGCGACGAGGUUUAGUGGUAAGCAUGCGAUACCAGCUUUGCAGGAUUAUUCGCAGUCUCACAUAUUUGCAGGGGUACAUAUAUGCAAAAUGCCCUUAUAUGUUAUUAUGGUGAAAGAGUUUUUUCUAUUGCAGAUUUGGAGCUGCACACAAGAUAAGUUGAAAUGGAUGUCAAAUAACACCAUAAUAAGUAUUCAGAGGGGAUCAGUUUGAGGUGAUUGUUGGCUUGUACUAAUGCAAUUGCUGAAUUUGUGUCUUUGUCUUACUGGUCUUUCUAUGUUUGAGAUUUUGCUCGCGAAGCUUUUCGCAAAGCUGUGUGUAGAAUCACUUUGGUUUGAGCAUUAAGUUUAACUGGCGUGGCUAAUUACGAGCACCAAGAACAUUUUCUUAUUCGACCUCACGUAUCGCAGAUCGCUGCAUCCUUUUUGUAUAUUUUUAGCUGUUUCCGCAGGUAGUGUUCACUGCAGAAGCCUCAGAAGAUGUAUGUGGUGUCCUCUUAUUACAAUGGCUACCAGUUUAUAGAGUCCUUUUUGUUAAUUUCA